UUGGCUGUGGCACUACGCGAGGGAUGCCUCGUGUGCAAUACCAUCAUGACAUGGAAUUCGCAACCUUCAGGAAUCACUAUCAUCUGCACAGAUUAGCGCUAGAGCCGCAGUUUUUCCACUUGCAACAGCACUUCUUCAGAUUCUCGGAGCCGCUGGAACUGAGCACAGUAUCUCCUCUGGACUUGAGCUUGAAGACCCACCACAACCAGUCACCGAUUACCCCACCAUGUACCCCUUCACCGGGAAGUAAGAAGAGCCUCGGAUCGCCAACUCCGGAAAUACCAGCUAAGAAACUAAAGUUGACACCGGCCACUCCGUCGAAGAAAAACAAAGCUACAAGGAAACUCAAUUUUGACGAAGACAACAGCUCUCCCGUUUCUGGAACUAUCAUCCGCGAAUUGCGGCCUGACGAAAACUUGGUAGUGAGGAAAGGAGACAUCGAUCCCGCCUUUAACGUCGUCGAAAUUACCGAAGAAGCGAAAGCAGAGUUGGCGAAAAUCGAAAAUGUUAUCGGUGAUUACGUAUGUCGUCUUUGCAAAGAGCUCUACGAGGAUGCUUUCGGGCUGGCCCAGCAUAGGUGUUCGAGAAUCGUCCACGUGGAGUAUCGAUGUCCUGAAUGUGAUAAAGUUUUUAAUUGCCCUGCGAAUCUGGCAUCGCACAGGAGGUGGCACAAACCUCGACCAAUCAAAGAGUGUAAGCAAGAGGAGGCUGGAGAUUCGGAAGAUUCUGCUGAACAGUUUCCUUGCAGUGAGUGUGGUAAACGUUUCCGGAGAAUCGCCUACCUGAGGAAACAUCAAGCCAUCCACCAGAUUGAAUGACAACGGCUGGUUCCGGUUAGGCCCAUCCCAAGAUUACCGCCCCGUCUCUGGAGGCCACCCCCGCUGCCACCGAUCUGCAGCAGUCAAGAAUCGACAGCUUUUUUCCCUGAGAGGUACGUCCCUAGCAUUACGUGGAUGAAUAAUUUCUGAGAAAAUUGUAAAUAAUGUAAAUUUAUUUGUAAAUUGUACAUAUAUUUAUUGAUUCGCCUUGGACGGUGUGAAAAGAGGGAAUAUUUGUGAUUUACAUGAUACCAUUUAAUAGUUAAGAUCAUUUUUCGGUUUCAAUUCAUAGUGGAGACAAUUUUGAUAGUUAUCAUUCAGAGCAAUUGUAUAUAUAUCUUUAUCAAAAAUGUGUAAAUUGUACAUAUACUUAUUGGGUUGA